AUGAUAUCAUCAAUAAAUAGAAUUAAAACAAUUAAAACAAUUAAUAAUAUUAAUAAUAUUAAUAAUAUUAAUAAUAUUAUUAAAUUUCAAAGUAUUUGUAAUAUAAGAGGAUAUGUUUCAGAUAAUUUUAAAAAAUUUUCAAAAGAUAAAGAUAAAAGAAAAUUUUAUGGUCAAGAAUUUGAAAAACGACAGCAACAAGAUAGAGAUAACCCAAAUCAAUGGGAACAACAACAAUAUGAAGAAAAUAUAAAUUUUCAAAAUGGUCAAUUCCAAUUUCAUUCCUCUUCUUCUUCUCAACAAUCAUUUUCACUAUUUAAAAUAAUUAGUUCAAUAUUGGGUGCAAUUAUAAAGAAUAAAUUAUUCCCAAAGAAUGAUUAUAAGGAUUUAUAUCAAUUUGCAUGUACAGUUUUACAAGAUAAUAAAAAAUUAAUUAAAGAGGAAGCAGGAUUGCCAUAUAUAAAUAUUGAAAAACCAGCGAUUCUAUUUAGUGGUGCUCCAACAUUAAUACCAGGUUUACAAGAAGUGAUUAUGAUAUUACAAUUACCAACACCACCAAACACUGAUGAAAAUCGUCAUGUAACUUUACAAGCGAUAGUUCAUGGAAAACGAUUACCUGAUGUAGUUGUUCAAAAGAGUUUUCCUUGGAAUUUAUUUGGUGAUGGAACUGAAACUGUUAAAUCUGCUGAACCAACUAGAGUAGUACUAUUACUAAGUAUUAACUCUAUAAAUGAAUUUGGCCAAGUUGCAAGUGAAAAGAGAGAAAUUGAACUUUUCGUUUCAGAAUAUGAAAUUUAUGAAAAUGAUCAAUAUAAUAAUAAUAAUAAUAAUAAUCAAAAACAAUAUAGAAAUCAAGAAAUUAUUACUUUAGAUCCAAAAUAUUAUCAUGAAGUUGAUAAAAAUAAUAAAUCAAAUAAAAAAUAA